CGAAUUCUCGAAAGUUGUAAGCCAUCAUACAUUUCACGAUUGUUAGGCGUCUUCUGAAUACUCUUAAAUUAUUUUCUUGUCUUUGUAUUUCCUAUUGAAAAACCUAAGAUUCUUAAUUCAGCCGCUUUUCUGAAUCUUUUCGAAUGGCCGUUGGAUUCAAAACCGAUUUUAACAACACCACAUAAAAGCUGACAUAAGAAAUCUCCGUGUCAAUCUUUUAACCUGAUAACGUACUUGUCUCUGUCUUUAUAGCGCCAACCGGGGGGUGAGAGAGAGAGAGUGGUGGCGAGCAAUGGCGACUUGCUGCCUUCAAGUGCUAAGACCCUUUCCAUUCCUCGCCUCCUCUUUCAACCUUCGUCGUCGCCCAGGACGUUCCUUGCUGUUCUCCAGAUUGGGAAACGCAAGCUCCCCGCUCCGAUCGAUAUCUUCCUCGCUUCCGUCUUCUCCAUCUUGCUGCACGUCUCUACGUUGCUCUCACUCCCAGGGUUCUUCUUCAGAUGUUUCUGCAUGUGAGGAAAGCCCGUCUGUCGUAAGUGAACUGCUGGACUUUCUCAAUGAGUCUUGGACGCAGUUUCAUGCUACUGCUGAAGCAAAACGGCAAUUACUAGCAGCUGGGUUUCAUCUGUUAGAUGAGAAUGACGAAUGGGAAAUAAAGCCUGGUGGGCGCUACUUUUUCACACGGAACAUGUCCUGCUUGGUUGCUUUUGCUGUUGGAGAAAAGUAUAGUUUGGGUAGUGGGUUUCAUGUCAUUGCUGCACAUACAGAUAGUCCCUGUCUUAAACUGAAACCAGUAUCUGCAUUGUCUAAGGCUGGCUAUGAUAUGGUGAACGUGCAGACAUAUGGAGGUGGUCUGUGGCAUACAUGGUUCGACAGAGACUUGAGUGUAGCAGGAAGGGCUAUAUUAAGAGCUGAUGAUGGAUCGUUUGUGCAUAAGCUUGUCAAAGUGAAGAGACCUAUACUUCGUGUGCCAACAUUAGCAAUUCAUCUUGAUCGUACAGUUAAUACCGAUGGCUUUAAGCCAAAUUUGGAGACUCAUCUUCUUCCUCUUUUGGCAACAAAACCUGAAGAUGAAACGCCUCUUAAGCAUGAAGGAAAAUGUUCUUUUCCAUCACCGAAAAAUGUUCAUCACCCUGUGCUUCUGCAGAUUUUGUCAGAAGAGAUGGGAUGUACUGUCGAUCAAAUCAUGGAAAUUGAGCUGAAUCUGUGUGAUACACAACCUAGCUGUCUUGGAGGUGCACAUAAUGAAUUUAUUUAUUCUGGACGACUGGAUAAUCUGGCUUCGAGCUUCUGUGCACUGAGAGCUCUUAUUGAUUCUUGUAAUUCUUUGGAGAGCUUAUUAAAUGAACCUUCUAUAAGGAUGGUUGCUUUAUUUGACAAUGAGGAGGUAGGGUCAGGCUCAGUACAAGGAGCAGGUGCACCUACUAUGUUUCAGGGCAUGAGACGCAUAAUUGACUGCUUGGGACAUGAUUAUGUAGGUGAAGGUACUUUUGAGCGUGCAGUUCGCCAGUCAUUUCUAGUGUCAGCAGACAUGGCCCAUGGUGUUCAUCCAAAUUUCACAGAGAAACAUGAAGAUCAGCACCGCCCUCUUCUACAGAAAGGAAUGGUUAUCAAGCAUAAUGCAAAUCAGAGAUAUGCCACAAAUGCAUUAACAGCUUUUCUAUUUAAGCAAGUAGCAAGAGCACAUAACCUUCCAACCCAGGAAUUUGUUGUAAGAAAUGAUAUGGGAUGUGGAUCUACUAUAGGACCUAUUCUUGCGACAGGAGUUGGUAUGCGGACUGUUGAUUGUGGAAUUCCUCAACUGUCCAUGCACAGUGUACGUGAGAUAUGCGGGAAGGAAGAUGUGGACAUUGCAUACAAAAUUUUCGUGGCGUUUUAUAGAACGUUCUCCACCCUGGAUAAGAAGCUGAAUGUAGAUGGUCGAUGAUAGACGGGGCUGAUCCGUGUAUGACCAUGCUGAAUGCACUAUGGUACUAGAGUUCUAGUUAUUAUUGCUAUGUCAUAAUUAAUUAGUGAAGCUUUAUUUGUUCAUUACCAAAGUGCAUCCGCAAUUUAAACACCAAAUUACCAGUGAAUGAACUGAGAUUCUGCUCUUCGUUUGUACAAAA